AUGGAGAAAUUGCAUGGGAGAAAGAAGUCUGCAUCCCAUGGUUUUUCCAAGGGCUGGAAAAAUAACAGAGUUACUCUGUCUGGUCAGACCUGGAGAGUGGAUGAAGAUUUGGUCGCUGAAGUGAUCGAUUUGCAGAAGGACGACAUCAAGUUUUAUAGAGACUACAAGUUCUCGGGUAAAGUUAAGGCUAAUAAGGAUGAUCCCUUUCUAGAGAAUGCCCAUAUUUCUAAAGAUUAUGACGGUUUUGACUCUGAUGAGGAUUCUUCUAAUCUUCCUCCUAAAAAGAAAUUGAGGGUUAGUGAAAAUGAUAAAGAAGACACUGAAGAGAAGGUUGUGGAAGAAGAGGUAGAGAAUGAGCAAGAGCAAGAGAAGGAGGUGGAAGAAGAGGCAGAGAAUGAGAAAGAGAAGGAGGCUGAGGGUGAGGAUGGAGACAAGGAUAAUGAGCAGAGAGAAGAGGAAGUUGAAGAGUCGGAGGUGAAGGAGAAUCCCUAUGAUUCAGACAACAGGGAUGAUGUUUAG